CCAACUCGGAGAGAAGUUGUGAGCAGAGAUGAGUUAGUUCCCUAAGUUGGACCGCAAUCAGCCGCAAUUCAGAUCGCGCGACCCUGCCCGUGAGCGAUCUCCCGACUCGUCUCUGUUCUCGAGUCCUUCGUGGGAUGGAAAGGAGAACCACCUCGGGCCUCGCCUAGGAGAGAGGGAAGGACCCGGACGAGUGUUUGCAUGGAGCCCAAACAGCUGUUGGAUUUGAGGUUAUGAGAGGCGCUUCGCUGUUCCGAAAAGAAAUUCCAAAGCUCUCACGAUGAGCAACGAGGACGACAGACUCGACGGCGGUCACUUUGACAAAAGACACAUUCGAUUUCGCGGCACCGGCAAGUCUCCAAAGCACCAUGGAAGUCGGGUCGAAGAUGUCGAUCCUCAACAAGGCCAUUCCAAGCCUUUGGAAAAAGAAAUCUCAGCAAAUAAACGUGACAUCAACAACGGGAUUUCCUUGAGUCAAUUUCUCUGGACGGAAUUGACUCGAGGUUAUCAGUUGGAGCACGACGAGGAACGAUAUUCCGCGAGGAGGGAAAAGAUCUACUCGUUUAUGAAAAUCCCCAGAGAAGUAGAAAAGUUCAUGGCAUAUGGAUUUUUCCAAUGUGCCGAUUCUUUUCUGUUCGUCUAUACUUUUCUGCCCCUGAGGUUUCUUUUGGCUCUUUGGGCAGUUAUUACAAGACCUCUUAAACAUUGCUUCAGAGGUAAAAAAUUGCGUGGUAAGAAGGGCGAACGAAUUUUAAGACCUGCAGAAGUAUGCGACCUCUUGAAAGGAGUGGUCGUAAUCGGAUGCUGGGCAGCUACGUUGAAAGUCGAUACAUCCAUGAUGUAUCACUUAGUGAAAAGUCAAUCGAUCAUAAAAUUGUAUAUAUUCUACAACAUGCUAGAAGUCGGAGACCGACUAUUUAGUGCCUUUGGACAAGAUACGAUCGAUGCGUUGUUAUGGACUGCUACGGAACCACGAACACGUUCUCAGUCCAGUCAUUCGCAACAUCUUGGCACUCUACCGCAUUUGUUGUUUGCACUGGCAUAUGUCCUGUUGCACAGUAUCCUAGUGCUGUUUCAAGCAACUACAUUGAACGUAGCGAUAAAUAGCAGUAACAAAGCUCUUCUCACCAUAAUGAUGUCAAACAAUUUUGUCGAAUUGAAAGGUUCCGUCUUCAAGAAGUUCGACAAAAACAAUUUGUUCCAAUUGUCGUGCAACGACGUCCGGGAACGAUUUCAUCUCAUGAUGUUACUUCUCGCCGUCAGCUUGCAAACAAUGAAGGAAUACGCCUGGCGUGCAGAUCGGCUUGCAGUUCUCUUACCAGACUGCAUAUUUCUAUUGUUAGCAGAAGUUCUCGUUGACUGGGUGAAGCAUGCCUUCAUCACUCGCUUCAACGAGUUGAGCUCCACGGUAUACAGAGAUUAUACGGUAAGUCUGGCGUACGACAUGGCCCAGACAAGGCAGGAAACCGCAUUUUCGGAUCCUUCCGACCUGGUGGCACGUCGAAUGGGCUUUAUACCUCUUCCUCUGGGCGUGGCCAUGGGUCGCGUUUUAUGCGCAACGCUCUCUCCGUCCGCAAAACCUGCGAAUUUAAUACUCUUAGUCCUGGCGUACCUCAUACUUCUUUCCCUCCGUAUUUUGAUCAGUCUAGUUAUCCUCGGACGCGCGUGCGAUUUGUUGGGCUCGCACGUGCACUCGCAGGAUAACAAGGACUCGUCGAAUCGGAACCGUGAAAAGGAGAAUAACGAUGCGGAUGCUAACAAACCUGGCCCCAGUAUGGCAAUAUUCUCUAACAGUGCUGUUAGUCUUAACAACAUUUGCCCGAACGAGCCUCUCUUCGACCCCGACGGAUUCGAGGGAAACGCCGCGGGCGUCUCGAAAAAAUUCAUUCGAGCCGGCAGUGAACCUAAUCUUCCACAAUGACGAAUGUCCUUAGCGUAACUGUAUAAUAUAGAAGAUUUUUUUUAUCUAUAAACUGUACAUAUUGAUACGAGUGGUGCGAUGUGUAUAUAUGUGAUAGGGUGCAAGCUAAGUGGUAACUUCAUGUUCCGAUGUAAGAUAACAAUAAACGGAUAACGGGUCGGUAAACGAUUGCGGAAGUAUUAAUCGUCAUUAACCGGUUAACUUGUAUCUCUAUCGUGGCACUUUUCCUUAACUCCGACUAAACCGUGCAUGGUGAUCCGACGUCUCCGGAGAUAUAUCCACUUGUACCGCGACCGUUACGUAACGAGAAUUCAACUUCUAAUUGCGAUUGAUCGUAGGCUCGCUUCCGCUCCGAAGGGUUCCGACAGGAACCGCUUCGUUUACGGAUCGUCUAGUCAAGGGAAUAUAUGUACGAUGCACCCACGAAAUACAAGAAUAACCGCUCCGUGAAAUAAAUUGUGUAAGCGUA